AUGAAUUUUGAUUUUACUCUCAGCGAAGUUAAAAAACAAGAGUUGGACUCAAUAAUUCUCCAACAACAACAAGAAAAGCAAGAAGAAACAGAUCAACAAGAGAAACAAUCAGUAGAUGAUGAAAUUAAAAUAACAUCAGAAUUAGAAGAAAAUAAUAAUGACCAACCAUCUACAUCAAACGAAUUAAAUAACGAUAAUAAUAAUAAUAAUAAUAAUAAUAAUAAUAAUAAUAAUAAUAAUAAUGAAACAAUUAUUAAAGAGGGUAAAAUUGAAGGAAAAGAAUUGGAAGAGUUACUUUCAAAAAUUCCAGAAAAUUAUGUUUUAACAGAAGUUAAUAAAAAUAUUGAGGGUUUUUCAAAAGAUAUUAGAGAACCAACCGAAAAACCUUUUACAAAUAAGAGUAAUGUUGAAACUACUCGUCAAUUAAAAUUCCCCCCACCAAUUAACCCACCAAAAACUGAAGCUGAAAGAUUAGAACAAGAACAAAAACAAAAACAAUACGAAGAAAAUAGAAAAGAAAAUGACAGAAAAUUAGAGUUAGAGUUAGAAAAGUUAAAGAAUAAAAGAGAUGAAGUCGAAUCCAUCAAAGCAUAUUUUCAACCAGGUGUACAAGUUGAAACUGAUUUUGUAAUAGAGUUACUAUUUAAUAUUUUCCCAAGUGAUAUUGUCGAUAAAGAAUCAAACCAAUUAUUAUGGUGCCCAGAGGUAGUACCAAGAAAUCCAGGUUUCGCAAGAGAUAAGCCACUUAAUGGUUGGACUUUUGAUUCAAUGACUAAAUUAUUGAAAUAUACACCAUUAGAACCAUGGAAAAAAAGUACAACCUAUACUAUUACAAUUCCAGCCGAGUUUAAAGUUCCACCACAAGGUACUCUCGUUCAAACUAUGGGCCAAACUUUUGAGUUUACAACACAAACUCUUAAAAUUGAAAAAUUUAUGCCAUUAGAUUCCGGUGUACAAUAUUCUCACACUCAAACUAUUUUUAUUGGUUUUAAUCAAAAGGUUUCACCACAAGAGCUCUUACCGUUCAUCCAUUGUGAUAAUUUAAGACAAUCCCCAAAAGGCCCAAAUACUUUACAGUUUAUUCAUGAAGAGGUAAUGAAACAGGAUCCAUUAUUAAAAGAUUUAAUAAGUGGUUAUGAAGGUAAAAAUAUUGGUAUUAAACCAUUAUACGGUUUUCAAAGUAGUAAUUAUAUUACAGUCACAUUAAAAGAAGGUGCUCCAUCAUUAGAGGGUCCAGUUAGAACAUUUUUAUCAGAUAAUAAAACAUUUACUACUCUUCCAUCAUUUAUACCAUCUAUUAGUAUGCAUCCAAAUACUCCAACUUCAAGAUUACAAAUCAGUUAUGCUUGUAGAAUUCAAAACUAUGCAGAAUUAUUUAAAUCAUGGGUACCAAAGAUUAUACCCGAUUUACCAGCUGGUACUUGGUCUUAUAAUGAAACUCAUAUGACAUUCGAAUUGGAUGAAGAAGUAAAAUGGCCAUCAUCGACAGUCUAUACUAUUAUAACCGAAAAUGGUCCCAAGAAUCAACAAGGGCAACAAAUGGAAGAAAUUGAGUUAAAAGUUCACACUAGAGCUAUGGAGUAUACUGCUUAUGCUUAUGAUGGUUUAUCAUUUAUUCUGUUGGAUAAUGGUAAAACUUAUGCAAGUGAACACAAUACUUUUUCAAAUAAUAUGGUUAUAUUUAUCAAAUUUAAUCAACUUGUCAAUGAAGAGUCUGUCAAAAAAUCAAUUUCAUUUAAAACCAAUAAUAAUUUAAUCGCCAAAACUAUUGAUUAUACAACUAUCCCUACUGGUACCACUGAGCAAGAGGUUGAACAAGCCACUGGUCUUAGAUUAAUGAUAAAAGAAACUGAUCUUUUCAAAAGAAUAGUUUUAGAAUCCCAACCAAAUUCAUUAUUUUGUAUUAAGCCAAUUAAACCUCUCUCAGAAGAUGGUGCCUUUAGUUUUGAUAUCACAGGUACUCAAUUACAAUCACUCGAAGGACCAUCAAAGUGUUAUUCAAAUGGAUCAUACUUUUUUGCUACUUUUAAAACAUUCUCAUGCGAAUCAGUUAUUCUUGGCAGUGAUUUAAAAUCAAUAACUGUAACAUUUUCUCAACCAAUUUGUUCAAGUGUAUAUGAUUACAAUAGCUAUAUGUCAAAUCCAGAAGAGUAUAUAACAAGGAAUCCAAACUAUAUACCAACUGGCCCAACUGUUUAUCCAGUCAUUUCACCAUCAAUCGAAGGUGAAUGGAGUGCUUUGACUAGAUAUUCAUUAUCAUUCAGAUUAAAUAGAGAUGUUGAUUUUAGAAAAUCAACAGUUUACCAAGUAGGUUUACCACCAACUGGCCUCUUAUCAGUUUUAGAAAAGAGAAUCGAAAAACCUUUACUUGGUGAAGUUUCAACACAAACAGUUCAAAUGGUUCAUUGUUACCCAAGAUCUCACACUUACUCAAUUAACCAUAAUCAAUUGUUUAGUGUUAUUUUUAAUCAAAAAGUUGAUCCCGAAAGUGUUAUUCAAGCUGUUCGUAUUCAACCAACAGAAUCAUUUUUUGGUGGAAAAAAAAUUGAAGUUCAGUUAGUCAAUCGUAUUUCAAUCGAUGAAUACAAGGAAAUUCCAGAAUAUUUCAAACAACAUAACGUAGAUGAAUCAAUUAUUUUCUUUAAACCAGUUAAACCAAUUCCAGUUGGCCAAUUAAAAUUAAUUAUUGGUGCUGGUAUCAGAUCAUUAGAAGGCCCAUUACUAGGUAAAGAGGAAACCAUUAUUGAUAAUAUUCACGCCGAUAAAUUCCAACCAGUUGGUAUUUCUCCAAAUAACAAUACUAUUAUUCAUUCACCAUAUUUCUUUUUCAUCAAUUUCAAUAAACCAUUAAAAUCAUUAAAUAAUUUAAUUUAUUUAGAUUUUACUAGUAAUAAUAAUCAAAAUAAUAAUAAUAAUGAAAGUAAUAAUUCAAAUAAGAAAUUGAUUGAUUAUUAUAAUGAAAAUAUUAAAGAAACUGAAAAAGUAGAAAAUAAAGAAAAUGAAGAAAGUACUGAAAAUAAAGAAUCAACUUCAACUUCAACUUCAACAUCAACAUCAACAUCAACAACAAAUACAAAUACAAAUGAAUUAAUUGAUUGGAAUAAAUUUAUAACAAUUAAACCAACACCUCCAAAUUCAGUUGCAAAAUGGGAAUAUGAAGUUAUAAAUGAAAAUACUUAUAGAUUAAAAUUAGAAGAUUUUUCAAUUUGGAAUUUAUCAACACAUUACCAAAUUAUUCUCGAUAAAUCAAUUGAAUCUAAAUUUGGUACUCAAUUAGAAAAGGAUGUUGUAUAUGAUUUUUAUACCCAAUUUAACAGUGUUGCACAAGUUUAUCCAUCAUUAGGUAAUAUUAUUCCAAUUGAUAAUGAUAUCAUUGGUAUUCAUUUCAAUCAAAAGUUUAAUGUUGCAGAUAUGCUCAAGGUUAUGAAAUUAGAAGCACUUGACCAUAAUGAUAAAAAGCAUAAAAUUUCUUUUGUCAAUGUAGAUCGUGAAGUAGUACCUACUGAACAACUUUCAGCUAUGCCAGUUGCAUUUUCAAAUCCAGAGAAUUUUGUAAUGUUUAUUAGAAUGUUACAAAUGGUUCCAAAUUCAAAUUAUACACUUUCCAUUGGUCCCAAUGUUCCAUCUGCAGAGGGUGGUGAAGUUAAUCCAGAUAGAAAAACUUUCCAUUUUACUAUUUCAGAUCAUCUACAUGUCGAAAAAAUUACAUUUUCUCAAUAUGAAAGAAAUGUUUCAAUUUUAUUUAAUCAAAGAUUAAAUAUCAUUCAAUCAAGUAGUGAUGGCAAUGAAAUCCCACUUCCAGAGUCAUGGUGUCCAAUUUUAACACCAAAUCCAAAUGUUGAAUGUGAAUGGACAGUAAACAAUCUAUCAAACACUAUUAAUGGUCAUUUCAAAGGUGUUAUUCCAUUUUCAACCAAAUAUAAAGUGACUAUACCAGUUACGGUUGAAUCAGAAACCUCUGAAAAGUAUAAGCCAUCAGAUAUUGAUAGUGAUAGAUGUUCUUUCAAUACUCCAACUGUCUCAGUUAUUACAUCAAUACCAACCAAUGGUUUCCAAACUGCAUAUCUUUCACGUCCUAUUCUUAUUUUCUUUAACCAAAAAGUAAAUAUUGAUGAUUUAUUAAAACAUGCAACAAUUGUACAAACCUCAAGCGAAGACAAAAAGAAAACCAAAUUCACAUUAGAGUCUUCUGAAGAUUUUACUCAUGUUAACCACGAUAUUUCAGAUGAUUUAUCUCGUUGGGUAUCAUUAAGAACAGUACCACAAUUACUCCCAAACUCUUCUUAUCAUUUAUCAAUUAAAGAGGGAUCUUCUAUUUCAACCGAAGGUCCAUUAGAAAUUAAAGAGUCUCUUAAUAUUUACUUUACAACCAAUACCACCCGUGUUUUCUGUAAUACUUUUGAUGGCAAAGUUAGAAUUUCAUUCUCUGAACCAUUAUUCUAUGUCAAUACCAAUGGUAGCACAAGUUCAUAUGUACCACCAGAAAUUCUCUCAACAUUAAUUGUACCAAUUAUUAGUGUUUUACCAAACCCAGGUUUUGAACUUACAUGGAAACUUUCAGCAAACCAAGAGUUAAUUUGUGACCAACCACUUAAUACAUGGAGAAAAUCGACAAGUUAUAGAUUCACACUUCCAGAUGAUUUAUUCUCUGCUAAAGGAUAUGUUAUGGAUUCAAACUUUUUAGAUGCUCUUACUAUUUCAACUGAUUCUAAUCGUUUAACAAAUAAUCGUUCAAGAUAUCCCGAAUUAAUUGAUUCAAUUCAUUGGAUUCGUUUCGAUCAAAAUAUUGAUCCAAAAGUUCAACUUUCAAAGAUGAAAUUCUAUAUUAAAUCUGGUUUGUUCAAUUCAAAGACUCUUCUCGAAACACGUUUAGCAACCAAAGAUGAGGUUGAUACAAAUGUAAUUUUCAAUGAAAGAUUGGACCACAACAACAACUAUACAAGAUUAAAACAAAUUUUAGGUGACCAUUAUGACCCAACCGAACCAACCGAUACUCUAAUUUAUAAAUUUGUAAAGACUCUUUCACCUGAAAAUGUCGUCUAUUGUGAAGUUGAAGAAAUUACCUCAACUGAAGGUCCACUAGUUAGUAAAGUAGGUUCAGUUUUAUUUAAUUUCAAACCAAUAGCUCCAUUUGCUUACGAUACUGAAAUGUCAAUUAUUGGCAGUAAAAAACAAGCUUCAACUCCAAUAUACUUUGGUAGAUCCAUUCAAUUGUUUUUUAAUAAUACCAUUUCAAAAUCAACAUUUGAAAAUUCAAUGAUUAGAAUCGAACCAGAUAUUCCAUAUAAAAUAAUUUUAUCUGAUACAAAUAUCGUCUUAGAAGGUAUAAAAUAUGAUCAAUUCCAAAAUACAGAUAUUGAAUUUAAAUUAACAAUUUCAAAAGAAUUAAUGGACUCCAACGCUCAAAAACUUUCAAAAGAUGUCAUCCUAAACUUUAAAGCUGUACCACAGAAAUUUAAUUAUACAUUCAAAUUUCCAUUUAUAUGCCCUAAUCAAAUUGUAACUUUUGAUAGUGUAUCAAAUGAAAAAAAAGGAGAAAAUUUAAUAUUAUCACCAGAAUCACCAGAAUCAUCAGCAUCAUCAUCAUUAAUAUCAAAUAAUUCAUUAGUUAAACCAUCAAUUUGUUUAAGAAGUAAAAAUAUUAAUCAAUUUGUAAUUCAGUUAUAUAAAUUAAAUCCAUACACAGAUUAUCCACAAUUCUUUGAUGAAGUAGUUGAACAAAAAACUCUAUUAAAAUUCUCAUCACUUAAACAAGUACCAUCAGUUAGCCAACCAAUCUUAAAAUGUGGAGAAUUAGUACACUGUCGUAUGAUCGAUAUUGAUAUUCCAACUGUAGAGACCGAUAUUGAAAGUGAUCAAUAUAUUGAACUUUUUGAAGGUUUAGCAAACAAAGAAUUAAUGAUUGGUCAUAUUGGUGUUUUCCUUUAUCCAACUCAAAAUGCACUCUAUCCAAAUUUAUCAAAAACCACUAUUAUUCCAUCACUUCGUUGUUGGGUUCAAUGUACUCAAAUGAACAUUGGUGCUGUUGCUGAUCAAAAACUUUUAUCUUGCUGGGUUACAAAUAAAACUGAUGGUUCAUUCGUAUCAAAUGUUAAAAUUUCAUCUCUUUCCACUGUAAAUUAUCAUCAAUUCCGUAUGAAAGAACAAAAGAAAUCAAAUAAUCUUUUAGCACUUCAAAAACAUGUAGGAAAUUUAGCAGAUGGUGUUUCAAAUGAACAAGGUCUUUUACAUUUACCACUUCAACAAAAUUUCUCUGAAAUUCAUAUUAUUGCAGAAAAUACACAAACCAAAGAUACUUGCAUUCUUCCAAAAGUUUUCAUCCAACCAAAUACUGCAUAUAAAGCAAUCAGUUGGUAUGUAUUUGAUGAUCAAUCAUUGUAUCGUCCAAAAACAACUGUUCACAUUAAAGGUUAUUUGCGUUAUCUUACCCGUGACCCAUUAGAACAUAAAUUGGGUGUUCACAAUUUCCAAAACGGCCAAGUUAUUAAAUACAUCUUGGAAGAUAGUAGUUACACAACUAUAUUAAAGGGUGAAUGCAAAUUAAAUUCUUUCUCAACAUUUAAUUUUGAUUUAGAAUUACCAGAUAAAAUUAAUUUAGGCAAAAGCAAAUUAAAACUUUCAUUGGCUGAUGAAAACGAAUUUAUUAUUAUUAAUGGAAGAAAUGAAAAACAAAAGAUAAAAGGUGAAAGAACUCUAACAACCUCAUUUAUUCAUCAAUUUGAUAUUGAGGAAUUUAAGAGACCAGAAUUUGUAGCAAGUGCAUCAAUUGUUUAUGAUGGAACUGGUUCAUUUAGUGGUUCAAGUUAUAUUCAAGCAAAAUCAAAUUACUAUGAAGGUGCUUCAUUACCAGAUUGUGAAACCAACUGGAGAGUCUCUUCUACAAAAUCAAACUAUGUCCCACCAGGUAUGUCCAAAUAUAGAUUUGGUUAUCAAGAAGAUGAAGUUCAUCUCAAUAUUAAAGACUUUUCAUUAAAUAGAGAAAAAACUAUUAAAGGCAAAACCGAUGAUGAUGGUCUUCAUACUAUUAAAACAACCUUUAAUGGUAAUGCUCCAAAUCCACCAACUUCAAUAAAUAUUGAUACCAAUGUUGAAAUUACCGACAUUAACAAUCAAAUGAUCAAUUCAACUAUUAGAUAUAUUUUACAUCCAACCAAAAAUUUUGUCGGAGUUAAAAUUGCCAACCAAUCAAAUUCAGAUAAAUCUAUUACAAUCAAUGAUAGUAACAAACAUUUACCAAUUCAAUUACAAAUGAUUGUAUGUGAUCAAAAUGGUAUCCCACAACCUGAAGUUGGUGUUUCAAUCUCAAUUACUCACAAAAAAGGUUUACAACCAUAUGAUUAUGAAAGUUGUAAAACAAUUACUUCAACAAUUCAAAGUACCGAUACAGAAUUUACUCAUUCUAUUCAACUUUAUGAACCAAAAUAUGAACCAAGUUCUGUAUCAUUAUAUGAAAUUUCAGUUACAUUAUUUGAACAAAAUAAUUCUAAAUUUGUAACUUUGUUACCAUUAUUAAUUAAUUGGUCAUUAUCAAAUUAUAAUAAUAAUAAUAAUAAUAAUAAUAAUAAUAAUAUUAAUAAUAAAAAUAUAAUUAAUAAUAAUAAUAAUAAUAAUAAUAAUAAUAAUAAUAAUAAUAAUAAUAAUAAUAUAAAAAAUUCAAAUUCAAUUAAAUUAGAUGAAAUUAAAUUUAAUCAAGUUAAUCAAGUUUCUAUUAAUUUGGAUAAAAAAAAUUAUUUACCAGGUGAAAAAUCAAUUAUUUUAAUUGAUUAUUAUCAAUUCCCAUUUAAAUGUGUAUUAUCAAUUAUUAAAAAUGGUGUUAUAUUUACAAAAUCAUAUCAAAUUGAAUCAGCAAAAGACAAGGUUGAAUUAGAUAUUAUUGAAGAUUGGUCACCACUUUCCAUAAUUUGUUGUGAUAUUAUUAAUAUUCAAACUCAAGAACAAUUAGCAGGUACCACCGAAUUAUCAGUCUCACCAAUUAGUAAAAAAUUACAAAUUGAAGUAAAACCAGAAGAAGAAGUUGUUGAACCGGGUUCAGAUACAAAUAUUAGAGUUAAAGUUAAAGAUUCAAAGGGUUCCAAUGUUCCAAAUGCCGAAGUUUGUUUAUUAGUAUUGGAUGAAUCUAUUAUUUCACUUUCAAACCACAAUAUUGAAAAUCCAUUAGAUAUUUUCUAUCCAAGAUCAUCAUCUAAAAAUGGUUUAUCUAUAGUUGGUAAAUAUUUCAGUUGCUUAUCAUACUCAAGUGUUUUACUUCAGCCAAGAUUAAAAGAUGGCAGUGCAAUUAUGUCAGGUACACAAAAACCCAUUAUCAAACCAGAUGAAUAUGACCAUGAUGUUACCAUUAGCGACCCAUUUAAAGUACAUUCACAUCCUGCCCCACCACUUCCAAGAUCAAGUAUUUCAAAUGAUGUUGGUAAACCAGUAAGAAGAGGUAACAAUUUUAGUGGACCAAUGCUUAUGGAUAUUUUAGAUACUGCUGGUAGCGAGGAAUACACUUUUAUGAGAAAUGCUUAUGUUCGUUCUGGUGAUGGUUUCUUUUUAACAUUUUCAAUCAAUAGCCGUAAUUCAUUUGAUGAACUUAAUUCUUUUUAUAAUCAAAUUCUCUAUACAAAGGAUUGUUCAUCUUAUGCAUGCAUUAUGGUCGUCGCCACAAAAUGUGAUUUAGAAGAACAAAGAGAAGUUAGUUCAAAUGAAGGUAAGCUUUAUGCUUCUAGUAUCGGUGCAACCUAUAUUGAAACUUCAUCAAAAACUGGUUUAAAUGUUGAUGCUGCAUUUGGGGCUAUGGGUAAAUUGUGUAGAAUUUUUACUGGUGACCAAGAAAAUAAAAUAAUUAUUUUAGGUGGUGGUGGUGUUGGUAAAUCAACUCUUACUAUUCGUUAUAUUAACCAACAUUUCAUUGAUGAAUAUGAUCCAACUAUUGAAGACUCAUAUCGUAAACAAGUUUCGGUAGAUGAAGCUUAUGACGAUUUAAUUCCAAUGGGCAUAGAGGAGUUGGCCGAAGCUUCUUUGAGCUUUGCUAAAUCAUCAAAAAAAAGUGCAUCCUUUGGUUUUGGUGGUAGUAGAAAUAGAAGCAAAACCUUUAGUAGCAGCCGUGUUAAACCUGUUGGUAUAGCACCUACAUUCAGCCUUGGAUCAGCUAGUCUUGAUAAAAAAGAAAAAUCAAAAUUAAAACAAUUGGAUAUGUAUUCACCAGAUAUUCAACAUGAAACUCUAACAUCAGUAGGUCUUUGUAAUAACGAUGAUGAAGAAGAUUAUUCCUAUAGCUCAGAAGAAGAAAUUGAAAAGAUUUCAUUAUUAAGAAAAGAUUUUAAUGCUUUAGCCAACUUUACUCCAUCAGCUACAACUAAUGAAUCCGGUGAAGUUGUUAUUCCAAUUCAUUUACCAGAUAAUCUUACUCGUUAUCGUAUUUGGGGUGUUGUUUGUUCUAAAGACGAACAACAAUUUGGAAAAGGUGAAAGCCUUAUUACUUCAAAAAUUUUGGUCUCAACUCGUUGUGUACCACCAAGAUUCUUAAACUUGAACGAUGAAUGUUAUAUUGGAGUUGUUAUUAGUAAUAAUAGUAAUAACGAUAGAAUUUGCAAAGUUGGUGUCAAGGUUUCAGAACAUUUACAAAUCACUAAUCAACAAACAUCAUCCACUUUUGGUUAUUUCACUUUUGUUGAAAAGAAAAAAAGAAAAAUCAUUUAUGUUAAAGUUAAAUCUGUUAAUGUUGGUAAUUCAUCAAUACAAAUUAGUUGUGUAUCUGGUAAAUAUGGUGAUGCUUUACAAAUAUCAAUCCCAGUAUUUAAUCCUCCAACUACUAAAACCACUUCAAUUUAUGGUCAAAUUGGUGAAGGAGCUGGUAUUAUCCAGCCAAUAGAAAUUCCACAAGAUGCUCUCCCAAUAUUUGGUUCUAUAGAUUUAGAUAUUUCAUCAACAAUUCUACAAAAUGUCCACGAUGCAUUUUUAUCUGUUUACAACUAUCCUUUUGAAAGAACCGAAAACAUUGCUUCCACUGCCAUCGGUAUUGCUUCACUUUAUCAUAUUUUAGGCGAACAAAAAUCACGUAAUAUUCCAUCAAGUAAAAUGGUUAAAUCAAAACUUACAAAACUCUUUAUUGAACUAAAGAAUCGUCAAACCGAAAAUGGUGAUUUCAAUACAUGGCCAAGUUCUGCAUUUGCAAAUCAAUCAUUCCAAAAGAAUGACUUUGAAUCAAUUCAUGCCAUCCAUGCAAUUUCAAUUUUAAUAGAAUAUGGUUAUGAAAUUGAUAAUAUGAAAUCAUUAGUUUCAAAAUCAAUUAAUUGGUUAGAUAGAUACAUCAAUAAAAAUCUUCAAAGCAAGGAUCAAUUUGAAUUAGCUUCAACUGCCUAUGCCCUUAACACUCUUUAUAGUAUUCAAAGUAAAAAGAGUAAAAAUACAGUUGCACAAUUAGCAUUAAAAUUCUAUUCAACUCAUGGUGCAACAAUUUUCUCACUUGAAUCUUUAGCAUGGAUAUUAGGAACAUUCCAAGAUUCCCAAUUCAAUAAGAAACGUGAUGAAAUCGUAUCCUAUUUAAUGAGAAAUUCAUUUGAAGAAAAUGGUUAUAUUUAUUUCAAUUCCUAUUAUGACAAACUAAUUAGAUCUCAACUAUUCCAUAACAUUGAAAGAACAACUGCAAUCAUUUUAAGAUCAUUGGUCCAAUGUAAAUGUAAUCACGAAAAUAUUCCAAAGGUUGUACUUGGUCUAUUGGAUAAGAAAGAACAUGGUCAAUGGAAGAAUAUUCAAACUAACUGUUGGGUUAUUACAGCAAUAUCAGAGUUUAGUAGUACCGAUCGUCAGUCACCAAAAUGUUUAGCUAGAGGUUGGUUAGUAAAUACAACAGAUGAAUCAAAUAUUUUAUCUACUUUUUGUGGUCAAACACCAUACUAUGAUGGUAAAUCAACAAUCUCUUAUUCAAUUGAAGUGCCAUUAUCGUCAUUAUAUAAAAAUUUAGAUAAAUUAAAUUUAUUAAAUUUAAUAAAUCAAAAUAACAAUGUUGACGAAAAUGAUAAAGAAAAACAAUCAAUUAAUAGUUUAGAAUUAGUCAAAUCACAAAAAUCAGAACUUUGGCUUCAAAAAGAAGGUAAAGGAAAACUUUAUUAUCGUAUCAAUAUUAAAUAUGCCACUUUUGAUCUUUUCACUCCAGAAUUAAACAAUGGUUUCUCAAUUCAGAGAAUGUUUACUCCAAAAUCUAAACAUGACAAGUUACAAGUUGACGAAGAAACUGGCAACUUAAAGGUUUCUCUUGGUUCAAAGAUUUUCGUUACAUUAAAUAUCUCUACCGAUUUUGAUAGAAACAAUGUAGUUUUAAUUGACAAAUUAGCUGGUGGCUUUGAUAUUGUAGAUAAAACUGAUUUCAAACUCGAAGGUACUGUAUGGGCUUUUGCUAAUUAUCGUGACGAAAGAUGUGAAGUAUUUUCAAAUUCAUUAGAAAGAGGUAAAUAUACUUUCAAAUAUACUUUACGUGCCACUACCAGAGGUGAGUAUUUAAUCCCCUCUGCCUCAAUUGAAGAAAUGUAUGACUCUGAAGUAUUUGGCAAAACAAACUCAAUCAAAGUUUUAAUUGAAUAA